AUGCAGAUUAUCACCAAAGACUCACGUUUAUUGUCAGAACAGCAGGAAACGAAGUUUGAGAAAAUGAAGGGAAUAGCUCUUGUGAUUUUCAUAGCCCUGCAUGACAUUGGAUUGUCUUGCCCCAGUCAGGACACAGCUCCACUUUACCGAUACUGGAACUCAAAAACCGUUGACCAUUUUUACACAACUGAUGCCAACGAGAUAGGAACAACUAUCCCAAACCGCAAAGGAAAACACGGAUACAUUUAUGAAGGGAUCCAGUGCCACCUCUACACACAUCAAGUGGAAAGUUCGGUUCCACUAUAUCGCUACUGGAAACGUUCCAGUCGAGACCAUUUCUAUACAACCAACCCAGAAGAAAUUGGAAUCACUAUUCGUGGACAGACCGGAAAACAUGGAUACAAAAGCGAAGGUAUAGUUGGCUACUGCAUGUCGUGCAAAACACCGAAAACUGUGCCGCUCUACCGCUACUGGAGGUCCAACAGAGCAGACCAUUUUUACACCACUAACAUUAAAGAGAUUGGCACAGCUGAGCCGGGAAGGAAUGGGAGGCAUGGAUAUAAGUCUGAGGGGAUCACGUGCUACGUUCUGCCAGGCUAA